AUGGUCAAGGAAGGCAUUGUCCUUGGGCAUAGAAUUUCGAAGAAAGGAUUGGAAGUUGAUCAAGCCAAAGUGGAAAAGAUUGAAAAGUUACCUCCACCUGCCAACAUAAAAGGAGUUAGAAGUUUUCUGGGUCAUGCUGGAUUCUAU